AUGGUGUUGACUUUAUGUCAAGCGCAGCAGCGCCAUUUCUCCCCUUCUCUUUUCUCUUGUUUACCUCCCUUAUUCUUCAUUCCCUACUGUUACGAUCUGAAAAGGAGGACUCACCCGGGACGCUCUAUGGGAGGUCAUGGGAAUGGUAACCAACCAAGGGGCUGGUAUGGACACAGCGUGUCGCGCCCAGAACUAUCGCUCACGGUGAUCACGGUUAUCAGAGUGAUCAGCAGGAAUAUAUAUAGUAGGCGAAGUACCUCCACUACUAGCUCAAUACAUUGGUUACCCCUCAAUACUCUUGCCAGAUCGACUACCGAUACUGUCUUAGUAUUCCCCACCGUCGUGCCGCCUCCACAUCAGCUUAGACCUACUGAAGGUCUUCGACCACUAAGUUCACUCAAGCAGUUAGAGUCUUUAACGCCUAACCUCUCAGGUCUGCUCACAAUACCGAGGGCUAAAAGAGAUUUUAUCCUGCUAGUGAAGGACACAGGUGGUUUUGAAGAGCUUCACUCUGUUAAUGGACAAGAAAUCCUGAAAAAUUUUGAUGAUGCGACAACUAAUCCCUAUAAAGAAAAGGUCGACGAGUUUAUUGAAUUGGAGCGCAAGAAGGAUCCCUAUCUCCGUCCCCCUACAGUCUGCAAUUUAAACGCUCCCCAAAAAUUUAAUUUGGUCGAAACUAUUAUAAUCGAUCUACGGCAGGAUGGAAGUAAGAACAUGAAGCAAUACAGAAAUUUGGGGCAUAUUUCAACCGAACGAGGCUGUUUGUUGACGAAGGAACUGCUUGUACGGAAAUACUCUAGCAUUGAUCGUGCUGGGUUGCCGACUCUGCCCUGCAUCAAAGGACUUGGUCACAAGACUCUCACAGAACUCUUGAAUCUCAGAGUUUUGAAUAGAGUUACCUAUCAUCUUGAGCUUUACCAGAAUAUGGGUGUACCAGCUGAUUGGGAUCUGGAGUCCUUCUGUUUGGCAUCCAGCCUUAAUACCACGUCGACCGAUACACUCCGCAAAUCUGGAAUUGGAUCCUCCUCUGCUCCUUUCAGAAAGGCUAGAUUUGGUUCUGCCGAUGUAGAUGCAACAGCUGCAGGUUUGACACAAAUUCUACAUGCAUCUAUCAAAGUCAGACGAAAUCGCGGAGUAAAUCAUGUGGCUGAAACAUUUGGCCGCCAACACAAAAGAAAUUCAUUCCAGGGCCAAAUUACUGAGCUGGGCGUCAAGAAACAACGGAACUGGGGCUCCAUACUUAGGUUGGUCUUGACUAGCUCGUUUCCGUACAUUGCUGACCAUUUGAAAACGCCCGCGGCCUACUUUGUCCCUUUUGCUCAUGACUCGACUCGGAGAAACGAGCAAAACUCAUCCUCCAAUAUCGCGGCCCCAAAUAUUCAACAACAUUUCACAUCUAGCACUAUUAUGUCUCUAUGCGUGUGUUUACCUCGCGUAGCAGGAGCCAACUGGAUCAAAAGAAUAUGGAGGAUUGACCCUUGGAUAGGUCUAAUUAUGAAAGCGGAGAUAUCAAGCCGUCACAGGUGGUACUCGGUGAUCCUGUAUCAACGAAUGCUGCUUGAUUAUCUUAAUCUCGGGAAUCUAAAAUAUAGCACAAGUCAAGCUACCAUAGUCAGGGUGCGAGCGGAAGCCUCGAAAAUUGUACUAGACCCUAGCUCUUCCUCUAAUGUCGAUGAUCAUCGAGUUCAGACUAUGAAAUCACUAGGAUUUAAUAGCAGAAGCAAUCUUGAAAUAUACCUAAGUUUCUUCUUUGCGCUCUUGAAUAACUUUCUUCAAUUCAAUAUUUCAAUCAAUUUGCAGACAUGUUGCAGGGUAAGUAGCUCCGGGUUUCUUCCAUUUUGGUCCAACGUAGAUAGUAUCGCUAUUUCUUGUUCUUAUCGAUACGAAUCAGAUUUCUGA